UGCAUGAGAGGUAAUUUUAAUGUUACAUCACUAUACAUUUGUCAUGUUACGUUAGGUAUUCAUGCGCUGCAGCCAAGGAUGUAUAAAGAGAUAUAUACGUAGAUAUAGUACAAAUAGAGAGCAAUGGAUAAAUAGGCUGCAAGUGCAAUAGACAUGUGAUAUAGAUCACAUGACCACAUGACGCCAUGUGUGUCAUGUGAUGCGGAAGCCGUAAAUUGCUGGUUUAUCGUUGAACUGUUGAUUUGCGGUUGAAACGACGGUGGUGAAGACUGUUUGGAAAAAAAUACUUGAGCUCGUACAAAACAGUCGAAAUGGGUGUGUCAGAAUUGGAAAAAUCUUCUCUGCUUCUGGACGAAAAGCUGCUCCGUUUAAUGGAGCAGCUGGAGUUGCUGGAGGAGAAACGAGCCACUCUCAACUCCCUAAUAGAGCAGGGAUGGUUUUCCAUUUCCAAGGCGCGAUAUUCUAUGGGAAACAAACAAGUGUCUGCACUUCAGUAUGCAAGUGAGAUAGAACCACGGGUCUGUAUUCAUGCCAGAACAAUGGAAAAUGGUGAAGUGGAUUUCUGCACAGAAAAGGUCGAAGAAAAGUGUAGCAAUGAGGCUGGAAAAAAUGCCACGUCAAUAGAAGAUAUUGGACCACAAGAAGAAGGUGUCAGAAGAAGAAACAAACCGAAAAAGGAUAUCACACAGAAAGAAGCAAGUGAUGAAACAAAGAGUGAGAAAGCUCCUGAAGCAACUCCAGUAAGGAAGAGUGAGCAGAAUCCUCAGCAAGAUCCACUGAAAUGGUUUGGGAUUCUGGUGCCACAGUCUCUUAAACAAGCACAGUCGUCGUUCAAGCAAGUAAUAGAGCUGUCGGCUGAGAUUGCAACCCUUCAGACUGCAGUUUUAAACACCAGACAGCAGCUGAAGCACAGCAUGAAAGACAAACACAUGCUCCAGGAGGAAGCCUCAGCAGCCCAGUUGGACAAGGUGGCAGACUAAAUAACUCUGUUGAAUCAAAGCUGAAGAGGAUCUAAGAAGAGCGUGAGGCUGCAGAGAGUGACAGGUUGGAGUCUGUAGAUUUUGCUUCAGGGCCAAAUGAACUCAACAGAGAUCCUCCCUUUGGAGAUUACAGUUGGUUAAGUAUUCCUCAAAUAAUAUUGGAUUGUGUUGGAUCUUGUGCAUUUUUGACUGUCUCGUCGAUAUAGUGUGGCCUGUUUAAGAUGAAUGUCUGUAAAUGUUGUCUUUUCUCAUUAAAAUCUGUGUUUUAGACUCUAA